AUGGCUGCACAAAGCCCUGAACGUCAGCCCCCAUUGACAAUAAGUCCCGGGCUUCUUCAAUUACCUGCUGAGGUUUUGUUGUUGGUCUCAUCAUUUUUGCCAAAUCGAGAUCUCAAAUCCUUGCGCUUGGCAAGCAAACUACUAGGCGAGGCGACGCUACUGUCAUUCCCGUGCGUGUUUCUUUCAGCCAAUUCGCUGGAUAUCAAGGUUUUGCGCUCUGUAUCGAAUCAUCCAGUCUUCGGGAAGCAGGUCACCGAAAUUAUUUGGGACGACGCACGUUUUGUUUCGGCUCCAGUGUCCUGGGAGGAUUAUAAACCGUACAUCGAUCGCAGGGACUUGCAAAUCAACGACGAAGAAGGAUGUCCUAAGUGGUUCUUGCAGAAAUGUAAAAACAACAUCCCCAAUAUGAAACAGCGGAAAUCCCGCGACGUGGAUAGGCCCGACCAUAUGGCUCGCCAGCAGCAGGCGGAUGCACAGAUGCCUCUAAAGGACUGCUGA